UUUUUAUUCCCAAGCAUAACUAAUCACAUUAAAACGAAAAUAAAUAUAUAGAUUGGCCAUUAUUGAAAUUCAAAAACAUAUCAUUAUGACUCUUAAGUCAAGUCAGCAUAUUUAAUACUUGAGAUCAGAGGAAUAAAAUAUUUUUCAGCUCGGUUAUAUUUUCAGGGUAUAUUUUUGCUAAGGUCACAAGUGGCAGCUAGUACCUGUUUCGGCCAAAUAAACUUAAGUACACAUUCACUUCCUUGUCAAAUUUAUUCCAUCUAAAUUGAGGAGGAAACAAGAUUAAUGGACAUAAGGACAGGGAUAAGUAUAAAGACGCGAAAGUGGCAGAUAGAUUUAAAACCACCAAGCUGGCUGCUUUACUAGGAGCCUCUAAUGACGAAAAAGUCGAACAAAUAAUACAUCCACGUUGGUGGAGCGGCGGAGUGUCAGGAGCCAUUGCGCAGUGCUUUACAACACCUUUCGACCUGAUCGAGUCGCGAAUGGUGAUCAUCAAGAAGGAUAGGGGUAUGGCUUCUAGUCUACAACGGGCAAUCCGGACCAAUGGUUUCUUUUCCCUUUAUGACGGUCUGAGUGCCCAGUUGGUUAGACAGAUGACAUACACAUCGCUUCGGUUUCACCUCUACGAAAAGGGCAAGGAGCAGAUGGAUGAACCUCGAAACCUGGACUUGCUGGAUAGGGUGUUGGCGGCUGCCUUGGCGGGAUGUGCGGCAGGUGUGGUGGGCAUACCCAUGGAGUUGGUGAACACCCGGAUGCAAGUGAACCGCGCCCUGCCCCCGGAAAUGCGUUGGAACUACCGCAAUGUCUUCGACGGGCUGUACCGAGUGACCAGGGAAGAGGGCUGGACGAGGCUCUACAGCGGAUGCCUUCUCUCGUUCAUUCGGUCCAGCUUCAUCACCAUCGGCCAAAAUGCAACCUAUGAUCAGGCCAAGGAGUUCUACAUGGAAUGGUUCAAACUGAAGCACGACAGCACAUUUGUCCAUCUGAUCAGCUCCACCACGGCUGCCUGCAUCUGUGCCCCGAUCGUUAAGCCCAUAGAAAACUUAAGAGCCCUCAAGAUGGUGGAUCCGAGAGGAUUGAUAUCAGCCAUAUCGUAUAUGAUGCGUUUUGGACCGAGGGGACCCUUUCGCGGCAUAGUUCCCUGUGUUUUGCGAAUGAUUCCCAACACGGUUAUUACGUUUCUGAGCUUCGAACAGCUUCGCGUUCAUUUCGGGUACUAUGAAAUCGAAGAUUAUAAGAGAUAACACAAGGCGUGAAGAAAUCAUAGAGUUCUUAAAUUUUAUAUGCAUACUAUCUAUGUACUGUAAGAUAAACAACAAAACAAUAUAUAAAAUAAAGUUUUUUUU